GGCACCUUGAGACAUAAGUUAACAAGUCCCAUGUGCCCAUAAUUUCACUGGCUCUGAGAUUAGUAGUUAAUUUACUGUGCAAGGAUAUGUAUACCACAUCGCACUAGAAGGCCGUGAAAUAGUGGAUAAAUUAGCAAGAGAGGCUGUCACGGAAUCCAUGGAAUCAUCAUGUAAACCUCUUGCUGCAGAAAUCAUCCCAUUUGUAAAAGACCUAAAAAUGGAUAUGUGCAGUACGAUCUAUCUAUUUAGACAGUGGAAGCAAAAUGUGGGGAUUGUUUCUAUCAGCCCUGGGUUGGUUGGGUUUAAACCCAGUGCCCUUCAUCGCAGAAUUGAUAGGCACCACGGAGCCAGCACUGAAGCUUCUCAUAUCUAUAUUAAUGGCAUAUCCAUUAGCCGUUGUCUACCACAAAUUUAUAAGAUCUCGAACUGAUCUCCGAAACCUUUACUUCAUUAUAACAGGAUUAGACAUAGCUUACUAUAAUUUUGGCCUCACCCUGUAUCAUAACGCUGUUCCAAUAUUUGUAAUGUACUUGACUACAUUAGUAUGUGGGCCAGGAAAAGUCAAUGCUAUUAUCACUUUCUUUUUCAACAUGUCAUAUCUCUUAAUUGGAUAUACUUUGACAGAGUCUGAAAACUAUGACAUAACAUGGACUAUGCCACACUGUGUCCUUACUUUGAAAUUGAUAGCAUUAGGUUUCGACCUUUGGGACGGGCAGAAGAUGAAAAAUGGCGAACUUUUAUCAACCACUAAUCAGAAAACAGCGUUAGAAAACACGCCUACACUGUCAGAGUUAAUUGGCUUUGUCUAUUUUCCACCAUGCUUUCUAGUUGGACCUAUAUUCUCAUUCCGUCGCUACUCAGACUUUAUAAAUGAAAAAUAUCCCUUAGACAAUGGUAAAGAAUACGAAGGUCUGGCAUUGAAAAGGCUAGGUCAAGGCAUAGCUUAUCUGGCAGCAUUUCAAAUCGGAGUUUCUGUGUUCAACAUUCAAUACAUGCUGUCUGAUGAAAUCUGGGACCGGUCAAUAUUCUACCGACACUAUUACUGUGGGUUAUGGGCUCAUUUCGCUCUUUAUAAGUACAUUUCAUGUUGGUUGCUCACUGAAGCAUCCGCAAUCAGAUUUGGACUGUCAUACAAUGGCACACAGCAAUUACCUGAUGGGAAAGCAAUAACCAAAUGGGAUGGCUGCAACAACAUAAAGCUUUUAAGGUUUGAAAGUGCUACCAAAUUCCAGCACUACAUUGACAGCUUCAACUGCAACACUAACCAUUUUGCUGCUGAGUAUGUAUACAAGCGGCUCAAGUUUCUAGGCAAUCGACAAGCUAGCCAGUUCUUCACUCUACUCUUCUUAGCCUUGUGGCAUGGCACAAGGUCAGGCUACUAUAUGACUUUUUUAAAUGAAUUUAUGAUUAUUUACAUGGAAAAAGAAUUAGAAAAUAUUUUUCAAAAACUUGAAAUAUAUGAUCGAAUGUGGUCUAAUAACGUAGCAAAAUAUGUUCUUUAUGUACCGUUAAAAAUCUAUACAAUAGUCUUCAUGGGUUGGAGUUUGGUGCCAUUUGACCUCAAAGUAUUUUCAAAAUGGUGGAGCAUUUAUUAUAGUCUGUAUUUCUCUGGAUUUUUAUUGUUUCUGCCAUGGUCGUUUGUUUAUAAACCACUACUUCUCAUUGGUAUUAAAAAAUUAAAGCUGCGUUCCAAGGAUAGAAGCAAAGUAGAAUAA